GAGAGAGGAGAGAGAGAGAGAGAGAAGGAGAGAGAGAGAAGGAGAGAGAGAGAGAGGAGAGAGAGAGAGAGAGAGAGAGAGAGAGAGAGAGAGAGAGAGAGAGAGAGAGAGAGAGAGAGAGAGAGAGAGAGAGAGAGAGAUCAGCUAGGAAGCUGAUGAAGAAAGAGCAAGCCAGAGAAAAAAAAAAAAUAAAGAAAGGAAGAAAAUAAAAAUACGAACGCAUGUAAACAAAACUGGAAAUAAUCAAACGAAGAAAACAACAGAAAACAACCACAAAGAAGAAUAAGAAAAGAACGAGAGACGAAGAAAAAGGAAACAACGAAACGAGAUGUAACAGCUGGGCAGCUUGUAUGCUAUUUAAGGAGACGCCUCAACAGGAGACCCCACUAGGAGAUCCCACAGCAGCAGACCCCACAGUAGAAGACCCCAAUAGCAGCAGACCCCACAAAGAGACCCCACAGCAGCAGACCCCUCAGCAUGAGCACUGAAGCGAGCCCGUCCCCUGCGCCGCCCCGAAAUGGACCCCAGGACUCCGAGGCAUCUCCUGGGCCCCCCCCUCCCCACCCUCAGGAGCGCCCCCACCAGCUACCCCAACAGGACCCAGCUCUCCCCCCCUCAGGCAGCCAGGAGCCGUGGCAUCAACCUCAACCCCGAGAGCCAACCCCGCAGGAUCACCCAGGAGGACUGAACCUGACGAUGAUCGCGCCCAGCCAAACCAGCAGCGGCCCGCCCUCGGGCUGUGGCACGCCUGUCAGCGAGGUGGGCGUGGCAACCAACGUCAUUAUUCGGGAUGACGUCAACCUUUCCGCCCGCACGCCCGUGAAACAAGAGGAAGAGGAGGAGCUGAAGCACGCCUACACGGCAGCGCACGCCCACACCCAGGCCGCCCACGCGAUCCACGUCGUGCCCAAGGCGGAAGUGAGGCAGGUAAAGGGAGAGCUCGGGUCCCCUCCCCCCGCCGCCACCACCACCCACAUCCCGGCGACAGUGCACGACCUGGAACAAGCGAAUUACAGCGUCGUGGUAUACGAGUCGACCCACCCCGUCGAACACAUCCACGCCCACACCGUCGACACGCACCACAACGCCCACGCCCACCUGAGCAGCGAGGGCGCCACCUACGCGACCCUCGAGUCCGCACCGGCCAUCACAACCCUGGCUUCGAUCCCUUAUACGACGGACCCUUAUCCCUAUUACUACAAGGCGGACAUGUACGUGAAGGACGAAACUCGGAGGAGCGCCGGGUAUGACUACGUGCAGCCUUCGUACAUGACGUCAGCAAGCCACGCCCACCCGACCGCCCACAGCCACGCCCACUUGCAGAAGGCGGAGUCUACGAUGUGGACGACCGCUCCGGAGUACAGCCAGAUCCCGCCGGAGAUGCUGGAGCGCCCCUCGGCCAUCUCCCACCACCCGUACAUGACACAACCUGCGCCCGCGUCCUGGUCCACGACAGCCUACGACUCCAUCCUGCACACAGCCAAUGGGGAAACCUACAGGAGGAUCGAGCCAGGCGACCCGGAUAGCAACGAGAACCGCGAGUGUGUCAACUGCGGCUCGAUGACAACCCCGCUCUGGCGUCGGGACUCCGGAGGCCACUACCUUUGCAACGCCUGCGGUCUCUACAACAGGGCGAACGGGGUCAACCGGCCUCACGUGCGCAGCCAGAGGAGGGUCAGCAGCCCAGUGAGUUACGCCGCCCCCUCCGCCACCCCCCAACCCCCCAGGAGGUCGGGAAUGACGUGUUCGAACUGCUCCACGACCAACACGACCCUCUGGCGACGGAACAACAACGGGGAACCAGUUUGCAACGCCUGCGGACUCUACUUCAAGUUGCACGGGGUGAACCGGCCCCUGACCAUGAAGAAGGAGGGUCCGAUCCAGACCAGAAAACGCAAACCCAAAAGCACGUCCUCGGCUUCGUCUUCGUCUCAGCAGCAACAGCAGACGGCGAGCAGGUAUUCGAACUCACCCAGCGUUAGCCUCGGAGGUUCGUCUGUUAUGAAAACGCACCAGCCACCACCAGCAUAUGUAUCCACAGUCAUCACCAACUAUGCCGACCACCACGCCGCCGAACACUACGCGGGCGGCGGCGGCGGCGGAGGCAGCACCGCGGGGGCGUCGAUCGCGGGCGUGACGAUCCACAACCAGGCCGCCCACCUCCUGCCCACGUCCGCCCAUUCGCUGGCCCACGUGGCUUCGUCCGGGCAGCUGCUGGCGGCCUACCCUCCCUCCCCUUCGGCGACGCCUCAGCACGUGUUGCCCAAUUCGCAACAUCUGUCGCAUCAGGUGUUGAAGGAGAUUCCUGUGCUAGAGCCCUUGGAUGAUUCUGCAAUUAAAUAUGAAUCGUCGAGUUAGGGAUGAAUAGAGGAAUAAAGGAGAAAAGAGGAGGAGAAGAAGAAGAAGGAAGAAAGAGAAGAAGAAAAAGAAGAAAUGAGGAGAAAAAUGUUGAAGAUGAAGGAGAUGUAGAUGAAAAAUGGUGAUGUGGGGGAGAAGAGGGAUGGUAAUGAUGAAAAGAAGAGGAGGAGGAAGGAGAAGAAGAGGAAGAAGAAGAGGAAGAAGAAGAAGGGAGAUAAGGUAUACACACACACAAAAAAAAAUAUAUAUGUAUAUACUGGAGAGACAAAAACAAAAACAAAAACAUCAUCUCCAAACAACAACAAAAACAAAGAAAGUUUGUCGGUUUUUUUUUUGAAAAAUGCCUUUCUUCUGUUCAUUUUUUUAUGCUAAAUAAUGUAAAAAAAAAAUCAAUUCUUGACUGAAAGAUUUUGUUAUAUGGAUUUAUGCUGUGUAAUGCAAC